AUGUCUGCUGGCUUAGAUUUUCGAUCUGACAAGCUGUGGGAGAUGUAUAUUACCUAUGAGACUGAGCAGGGAAAUCUAAGUGGUGUCACUUCCAUUUACAGUCGCCUGCUUAGUAUUCCUACACAACUCUAUGUUCACCAUUUUCAGAGGUUUAAAGAUCACAUUCAAGGUAAUCUUCCUAGAGAUUUCUUAACGUCUGACAAGUUUGUUGAGCUGCGGAAAGAGUUGGCUGAAAAAUGAGCCAGCAAUGUGGAGCAAAAAUUGUCUAUCCAACUGGCCUGGAGGAGAUAACUGAUCCAGCAAAGCGCACAACAGAAGUCGAAAACAUGCGACACAGAAUAAUUGAGGUGCAUCAAGAAAUAUUUAACCUCAAUGAAAAUGAAGUCCAUAAGAGGUGGACCUUUGAGGAAGGCAUUAAACGUCCCUACUUUCAUGUGAAAGCUUUAGAGAAAAUUCAGCUGCAUAACUGGAAAGAAUAUUUGGAUAUUGAGAUGGAGAAUGGGUGUCACGAGCGUGUGGUGAUUCUGUUUGAGAGAUGUGUCAUUGCCUGCGCCCUCUAUGAGGAGUUUUGGAUCAAGUACGCCAAGUACAUGGAACGACAUAGUGCCGAGGGGGCAAGACAUGUCUACACCCGGGCCUGCACCAUCCACCUACGAAAGAAGCCUUUAGCUCACUUACUGUGGGCUGCCUUUGAGGAGCAACAAGGUAACAUUGAUGAAGCCAAGAAUAUUCUGAAAACAUUAGAAGAGUCUGUAGAAGGUCUGGUAAUGGUUCGACUGAGGCGAGUGAACCUUGAAAGGCGACAAGGAAACUUAAUUGAAGCAGAAAAUCUGUUGACAGAGGCCAUGAGCAAUGCUAAAUCCACUGGAGAAUUAUCGUUUUAUGCAAUAAAGCUUUCCCGCCACUAUUCCAAAAUUCAGAAAAAUAUCGGGAAGGCAAAGAAGGUGUUGAGUGAUGCCAUUCAGAGAGAUAAAGAAAACACCAAGUUAUACCUCAGUCUGAUUGAUUUGGAGUUCAAUGGAGAUGUAAAACAAAAUGAAGCCAACAUCUUGUCCCAUUUUGACAAAGUUAUUAGGAGCUCAUUGCCAAUAGCUACAAGAGUUCUAUUUUCACAGAGGAAAGUGGAGUUCUUAGAAGACUUUGGAUCUGAUAUCAACAAAUUGCUGACCACCUACGACGAACAUCAGAAACUUUUAAAGGAACAAGAAAAUCUGAAGAGGAAAUCUGAAAAUGGGUUGGAACAGCCAGAUGCUAAGAGGUUACAUACUGAAGAUGCCGCAGUUGUGUCUGCUGCUCCAGUGGCUGCUGCAGCAACAGGAGCUGUGCCAUCCGCCUAUAACUAUAACAACUGGUAUCAGUACAACUACCAAGGUGCUGGUGCAUGGAACUAUGGACAGUAUUACCAUCCUCCGUCCACCUGA